AUGCUGAGUCCCAUCAAGCAUACUCUCGCCCUCUUCUUCGCACUCGUGGGCGUCUUCACGAUGCUGAGCCUGAUCAGCGCCAUGCCGGUCUUCGACACGAACACCACCUCGGGUGAUACCGACGAUCUGGCUAUCCGGCUGGAAAAGCCCUACAUCGGAGUCUGCUUUGAUUACGCAAAUUGCAAGGAGAGCUCCCCUUACACGGACAUUGAAGGUGACGGUCAUCACAAUGUGAUCCUUGGCGCCCGCUGCAGCUCCUUUCUGCCUGCUAUCAACGAGGGCAAGCUAUGUACGCAGGGCUGUGGAGCCAGGGGAUGUCACAAGCCGGAGAUUGCAAAGUGCAUGAAUGGAGCUUGGAAGGCCUUUUGCGCUUGA